CUACCAAUGUUGCGUAAUUGAAAGCCAUAAAGUAGACAUUUUCUUUCUGGCAAUAGAGAGGCGUUAUUUUAAAAAAGAAACGUUGGGACAGUCGAGAGUUCAAAUUUCAAAAAUGUCGAGAAGUGUCAUAGAUAGAGAAGUAAAAGUAGAGUGGGGGGUGGAAGGGGGGGAAGGAGCGAUCCUGACCACUAUAAUCCAACAACCAGUCAAGGGCCAUGACCACGUUGCGACAAGACACAGUACAAAUGAAGCGCAUGCAUGUAUAUUCGGAGCAAAGCAUCUCCCAAAUGCAGCCAAUAUGGAUUCCCACGUUGGUCUCGACUAUAUCGUGGACAAUCCCGAUUACUGCGUCAAGCUCGCCACGGCCUUGGACACCGCGUGUCCCUCGGUCAAGAAGCAAGUGGUAGAAUUGCUUUCGGCACUGUCUGUUUACAGCCAGGAUGGAAGACAGAGAGCGAUCGAUACUCUUCACGAGUAUCAGAAAAGGAAGAACGAACGAUACCGGUUACGAAUCGUGGUGGAGGAGUUGCAGAACGCGGCUACCGAGGAUUAUCGGACCGCGCUAUUGGCAUUCAUAAACUGUUUGGUCAUUUCCACCCCGGUGCUAAAGGAUCGGAUAAGGCUUCGUAACGAGUUCAUUGGCUUGAAGCUCCUACCGAUUUUGAACGAGCUGCGGAAAAGCCACGCGCCGGAUCUGAGAGUGCAACUCGAUGUUUUCGACGAUCAGCGAGAGACCGACGAGGAACUGUCGAAUCACGGACCGCCUGGAAUUGAUCUCUCUUCCCACGUGGACGUCUUCUACGCGAUUCUUGGACAAAUCGCAGACACUCCGCAAGAAAUACCGUUUUUGAGCAUUCUCCAGCAUCUGUUACGGCUGGAUCCGAAAGAUGCUGCCAGCGAUCUAGCAUGGGAUACCGCGGAAACGUUGGUUCACAGAGCAACGCUGUUGGAGAAUCGAGAGGACGCCACCAAAUUGUUACGUUCACCUAGUCUUCAGACGAAUCUUUGCUGUCACUGUCGAGGCGCCGAACAAACGUGCGGAGGUUCGCGGAAGGCCUCGUUACCGGUGAACAAUCCGACAGCACCUCUACCGCCUUUACCACCGCCCCCUCCACCCCCUGCCCCCGUCGAUCCAUCAGGUGCAAGUUCGAAUCAAAGCCGCCUUCUGCCACCACCCCCGCCUCCGCCACUUUUCACCGGCAACGUUACGUACACCGAUGCAUCGAUGGAACCACCGCCAGUGCCACCGCCGUUGCACGCGUUGCCGGUCGCACGCGUGCCCACCCCCGAGCCGGCGAAUAAUCACGCGAGGCUGCUGCCGCAACAGGAAAUACCCACCCCCAAGGCAAAAAUGAAAACGAUCAAUUGGAACAAGAUACCCAAUCACAAGGUGAUUGGGAAGCGCAACAUUUGGUCCCUGGUUGCCGACGAGCAUCAAAAUUCACCGAUGGCGGACAUAGAUUGGGCAGAAAUGGAAGGGUUGUUUUGUCAGCAAGUGCCUCCAGUGUUGCCAGCCACUUCGUGUUCGUCCCAUGGAGGGAACUCGGAUGCUGAGAGACGACGUAGGGAACCAACCGAGAUCGCGCUUCUCGACGGCAAGAGGAGUUUGAACGUGAACAUAUUCUUGAAGCAGUUCCGAAGUUCGAACGAGGAUAUUAUUCGGCUCAUAAAAGACGGCAGUCACGACGAGAUCGGGGCAGAAAAGUUACGCGGCCUUCUGAAGAUUCUGCCGGAGGUAGACGAACUGGAAAUGCUCAAGAGCUUCGACGGUGACAAGUCGAAGCUCGGAAAUGCCGAGAAAUUCUUCCUGCAACUCGUUCAGGUGCCAAAUUACAAACUACGCAUAGAAUGCAUGCUGCUGAAGGAAGAAUUCGCUGCUAACAUGAGCUACCUAGAGCCAAGCAUCAAUUCGAUGAUCCUAGCUGGCGAGGACUUGAUGACGAACAAACCACUUCAGGAGGUGUUGUACAUGGUUCUGGUCGCCGGGAACUUUCUCAACUCGGGCGGUUACGCUGGAAACGCAGCCGGAGUAAAGUUGUCUUCUUUGCAAAAGUUAACCGAGAUUCGAGCGAAUAAGCCGGGAAUGAAUCUCAUACAUUACGUGGCGCUGCAAGCCGAAAGGAAGAGGAAGGAUCUGCUGGAUUUCGCGAAGGGUAUGACAGCACUGGACGCCGCCACAAAGACCACAACGGAGCAAUUAAACAACGAAUUUAACGCACUCGACACAAAGAUCAAAAAGAUCAAGGCACAGAUUAAUUUUCCUUCGACGGAAACCGACAUACAGGAACAGAUGGCACAGUUUUUGCAGAUAGCGGAACAAGAGAUGAGUCAGUUGAAACGAGACACGGAAGAGCUCGAAACGUUGAGGCGUUCGCUCGCCGAGUUUUUCUGCGAGGACAGCAACACUUUCAAGAUCGAGGAAUGCUUCAAGGUGUUGCAUCAAUUUUGUCAGAAAUUCAAUCAAGCAGUCGCGGAGAAUGAGAGACGUAGAAUUCAAGAGGAACAGGUAUUAGCGAGGCGCAAGCAACGAGAAGAACAACUUUUGGCCAAAAAACGAUUACUGACCAGCAAUAACCAACAAUUCGAGGCGCCAAUCUCCGAGUCCGAAUACAAUUUAAUCGGCUACGAUCCUUUCGAUUUUGCCAGCGGUUUACCUCAAAGGAAUUACAGUCGCGCCGACGCCAAGAUCAAAAGACUGCAAAAUGGAGGCGUUACUUCCGACGAAGAUGUCUCGAUAACCGGAUCGCCCAGUAUCCGACGACGUUUAGGUUCUUGUUCCGGUGGAAUUGCCGACCAGCAAUCUACCAAAGAAGAAACGUACUCACCAGACGUCACACCGAAUGGCACCCUCCGGCGUCGAAGAAGUCGGAUACCAAGCGAGGAUGACGACGGUAAUCUAAUGGAUUUCUUGAGAACGUCGGGACAAGACGGCACUCGCGAGAGAAAAUCAUGGGGUAGCCUAGAUCGUUCGUGGGCAAGAAGAGCACGCGGUCAUUCUCGCCGAAGCGAUCUACUGAACGCCGACUUCUCGAUUGAUCGCGAGAGGCCAAGCUCCCCGUCGCCUUUGAUUGAGAGCAAACCUUUCUUGCACGAGGAAGAAACGAAACCUGCUGGGAAAGCGUGGCGGCAAAAGAUCGAGGCAUGGUUGUCGGAGAACGAGAAGGAAGACCGUGCGGGUGAGGAGCUUCAGAGGAAAGCGAAACAGUUGCACAAUGCGAAUCGACGCUCCUACGAAGACUCUGAGAACGAAGGCAAGAUGAAUACACAGAUCGAAGGUGGUUCCAUUCAAGAGACAUACUCGGAAGUUUACGACUGGCGUCCGUCCGUGGAAAAGACAGAUGUAAUGCGUACGAUGGAGGCUAUCGAAGAAGCGGAGACGCAUCCAUCGCAAAAGGACAAAUCCCCUUGGCGAAAGUCGAGCCUAAACGUACCAAACAGCAUGGAAGAGACUGAUCCCCGUUACUCCCGUAGAUUAAGAUCGAGGCUCAGCACAGAGAACGUAUUAACCUCUAGCACCUUGCAGUCAAUCAAAGAGGAGGAGAGAAAGAAGAAUAAAGCCGCCGACACCGUGAGUCCAGGCUCGCAGGACGAAUUGACGAUUUAUCUACGGCAACCUUACGGCGAUUCACAACCUGCCGGGCCGCGGAGAUUUUCGAAGCUGAAGAGAGGCGUCGACGAAGAGAAGAUCGACAAGAUAGAGAUCGAUUCCGACAAUAUAGAAACACCGCCGGCAACCAGGAAGCUAUUCAGCCCGUCGAAAGAGGUGAAGCCGGUUGAGAAAGAGCCGUGUAAAAGGGAGCGUUGCAGCAGCUCCUUCCAAAACAGGGAUUUUAAAAGUCCGAUGCCGAAGAACGCAAGCAACAACGCCGACUUCGGAAUAGGUAAUUUUGAUCGUUAUUCGGCGGCGAGGAGAACGCGAAGAUACAAAAAGAAUCAAGACACGGCGGAGAAAGAUGCGAAACAGGAGUCAACGAUCGACGUCGAGCUGGAAGGGAAACCACCAGUGGCUGAACGUCCGCGCACGUUGCCACUGUCGGAGGAGGAGCGCAACGAAAACUCUGAUUGGCAAGAUAAAUCGAAGCGGCAGGCAGAAUCGUCGGCAUCGUUCGAUAUCGAUACGGCGUUGGCAGAGAUCGCUCGUUCCGGCGAGGACCUUCAACGAUUGUCGCGGCCACUGGCGCACCGAAACUCGAGAUUACCAAUAAGUCAACCAUCGGCCGUGGUUGCCGUGACCAACACGGUCCUCAGCCCGGUGAUGCACGAGUCUCGACCACGGGACACCUCGUUAACCGUCCUCCCGGAAAGAGCAGUGACCAGUCGCGAACGACAGAGAAGCAUGAUCGACCCUAGUCAAGUGAAAGAAGCGAUCAGAUUGACCAACAAUCCACCGAGUCAAGUGAACGAUUGUCAAAACGUCUCGGUGUCACGGCCGCGAAAUCAAUCCCGAUCUUGCGGAACGACGAACGAAUCUGCGAACGACGAAAUCGAUCUGGCCAACAGCGACUCGAGUCGUUGCCAGGGGAACAAGCCCAACGCCGAGAUCUAUCGCGAGAAAUCUCGGCGAGAAGACUCGACGCUGCAGAACCACCAAAGCAAGAUACAACCCGUGCGAUUUAACACGGGCGGCUCGGUGUUUCAUUCCGGGUUCGCGCCGCCUGAUAUAAACGUCACCAACACUAGUUCCAACACCUCUUGCUCUUUGCUACAGCCCACCGGGAAGUCACGAGACCAAGAGAUGAACGACGAAGGUUUCGAGGAAACGCAAAGCUUAGUCUCGGAGACCCUCAGCCAGGAGACGUCCUCCGGAAAUUACGAGACGGACACUCACGACUCGACGCGAUGCUCACCGGCCGAGUUACGUUACUCCGAGACCGACAAUCAGCUUCCGGUUCGCGAGCAUGUCCAAGCAGCUGGCCACGAUUCCAGAAAGUCGAUACGAGGUACGACGACGAAAACGAUGUCGUCGCCGUCGCCGUCGCCGUCGCCGUCGAUGUCGAUCGCGAAGGGAUUCGAGAAACGAGCGAGCUCGACGAAACGCGCCACCGAGAAAUCCAGCUUCCUUCCGAAACGAACGAACGCUUUGAAGCGAGACGUUGCUGCCAGAAAGGCGGCGGAGUCGAUGCAACGAAAUUCCAGUCUAACGUACCAGUUGAACAACCAUCAGCCGAGGAACGAAGUGGAACGUUCAGGAUCGAGGAGCAGCCUUCGUAGCUCGCGGAGUUCUUUGAACAGCGCCACGUCGGUGAACACCGUGCGAAACUUAGUCCCGAAUCACGCGCCUCUUCGUACUUACACGUCGGCGAUUUGCGCGUUGACCAACGAUCUGCGAAAGAGCCCGUCGCACAGCUCGUUACCACCGAAAGCAAACGAGAAACGACGAACGAAUCCACGAGCGACGGUCACCAGAAUACCCGCCAGCAGAAGUAGCAGCAGCGGGAGCAGCGUGGGUCCGACCGCGAGAACAGUUCGUAAGUCCCUCGGGUCAACCAACGAUGUGCAAAAAGGGAUUAAAGGACGGGCAAUCUCUUCGCGUAGUAGCAGCAGCGGAAGCGGCAGUAGCAUGGGACCACAAUCGUUGCCGUUAAAUCGUGUAAACGUUGAAAAGGGUUCGUCGUCGACUACCAAAAGUAAGUUAAUUCAUCCACGAACCGGAACCAGAAGUCACAGUUUCAUGAGACCGACCGCCGCAAGUGUGAAUAAAGGUUCCAUCCCUAAUCUACCAAGAAGUAUCAAAAAUUUGGUUAAGUAAUGACUCUGUGAAAAAUGUUCAUCGACACAUGUACUACGUAUAUUAAUAACUAUUGGCAAUACUGUAUAUAUACUACUUGUCUGAAUUUUCGUAACGUUAAAUGGUUCUUUUUGGCACAAAACAGUAAAGAGAUCGUUCGCGAAUGAUAACAUUUUAAGCUCGAUUCACGUUUCAGCCAGUUUUUAAUACCAUUAUGACAUAUCGAUGUGAAGGAUUGAAAAGUAGUAACUUAAUAUUUACGAUAUAUAGUUUUGUACUAAAAUACAAUUACUGCAACGUUGAAAAUUCAAAGAAACGAGGACUAUUGUAAAGUAAUCUAUACACAUAUCGCCAACCGUUGAAUGGAAAACACAAUAUAUAUGGCAUUACGCUUUGCAGAAGUCUCUGCAUCAUGAAAACUGUAUUUGCUGGUAUGUAAGUAAAUGUUCAUUAAAUGUAAAUUCGUGUAUCGCGUGAAAUCGUUUGUAAUUUGAGUACGAAUUGUCGAAUUACGAACAACGAGAUAAUGCAAGAAAUAACUUAUAUCGUCUGUAUCGGCCAUCUACGUUAGCUAAUUGUACGGAAUAAUUAUUUUCAGUCUUUUUGAAUACAAUUACACGAACAUGUACCAUAGGAGGUCACUAAUAAUUAAUUUAACUCGCGCAAUACACGCGCGAGUGUCAUUGAUAACAAAAAGCAAAUAAAUAUUAUGUAACUCUGUUCAAAAAAAGAAGAUUUUUAAUACCGAAACACAAAACGUCAUUCGUAUAGUGUUCGAAAUCGCCUUAUUCUUCGUAGAUGAUGCACGAAGAUGUAGGGGAACAUUCAAACAACUAAAUAAUCCAAGAAUAAGACGAUUUCAAAAUCAACGCGCACACAAUUAAACAUAAGGAAGUAUUACGAUAUAUCCGGUAUAUAUAAUAUAUAAGUAUACAUAUAUCCGGAAUUGAAGAAACAAAAAUUACUUACAGCAUUAAUCAUUUCAUGAUCGGCAAUGAAAGAAUUAUAAAAGAUUUCGAUAAUAUUUAAACAUCAGUUUGUUGCAUCUUCUUAAGAACGAUCACGGAAACCAAAGGAGACCGGUCCUUUCGGCGCGAGGAUAAAUUCAAAUUGUAACUCAA